CUCCGCCCUCCGGGGACCCGGUGGCCGACGCCUGCCGAGACCUUCUGUCCCGGGGGAUACGCGAGGGCCUGGGGGCGGCCGGGAGGAUCCCCCGCUUCCCCGCGGACGGCCCUCUUUCCCGGGCCCCUUCCUGCCGGCCUGGGGCGUCGCUGUGCGGGGAAGUCGAACUUCUCUGGGCUGGUGACUGGGGACCCUGCCCGGGGUCCCCGCGGCCGCCCCGGACGCCCAUGGAUGCCGGGGCCCGGCCCGGCGGCGGCGGCGGCAGUCCUGCGGGGCUCUCUCGCGAAUACAAGCUGGUGAUGCUGGGAGCCGGGGGCGUGGGCAAGAGCGCCAUGACCAUGCAGUUCAUCAGCCACCGAUUCCCGGAAGACCAUGACCCCACCAUUGAAGAUGCUUAUAAAAUCCGAAUCCGUAUUGAUGAUGAGCCUGCCAACCUGGACAUUCUGGAUACAGCAGGACAGGCAGAGUUCACGGCCAUGCGCGACCAGUACAUGCGGGCAGGGGAGGGCUUCGUCAUCUGCUACUCCAUCACCGACCGGCGCAGCUUCCAUGAAGUUCGUGACUUUAAACAGCUGAUUUACCGAGUUCGUCGCACGGAUGACACGCCUGUGGUUCUUGUGGGGAACAAGUCUGACCUCAGACAGCUAAGACAGGUCACCAGGGAAGAGGGAUUGUCUCUGGCCCGAGAGUUCAGUUGUCCUUUUUUUGAGACGUCUGCUGCAUAUCGCUACUACAUUGAUGAUGUUUUCCACGCCCUUGUACGUGAAAUUCGUAAAAAAGAAAAGGAGGCAGUUUUGGCCUUGGAGAAAAAGUCUAAACCCAAAAGCAGUGUGUGGAAAAGGCUAAAGUCACCAUUCCGGAAGAAGAAGGAUUCCGUCACUUGAAGGGAAGUGUGACGCACUGUCCUGCAAGCUGCAGUGCUUAGUUGAAGCCGUCCAGGACCUGCAACAUGAGCGCGUUUGCUCCUCUCCCAGCAGGACGGUCUCUUCAAUGUCACUGGUGACAGGGACAUGCCUACUAGGAGUUACUGGUCUUACCUCUUAGCUGAUUCUGACUUACUAGCCCAGCAGAGCACUGUCUCCUUUUAAGUUGUCACUUUAUAGAGUUUGAUAUGCCAUUGUUUUGGGUUAUGUUGCUGGUAUGAAUUAGUGUAAAUUGUUCAAGCCCAGGAAACUAUGUGUAUUUGACUCAGUGUACAAAAGGGAUUUUGUGCUGUGUACUCCGCACCAUCCUUAACUUCAGCUUCUGGGGACUGUCCCACAGAAGGAGUUCCGUUUUGGUUAUUUGCUCUGCACUUCCUGGAGACUGAAGAAAAACCCGGUAGAGAGAUCAGUUCUGAAGAGGCGGGUGCGGAAGAACAGCAGGUAACUAACUGUGCAGCUGAUCCCGUGGUAGGUUGAGAAGUGAUAAGCUAUGGGGGAACCUGCUAUAAGCUUGCCCAAGACGGUCUGGUUAGAAACUCCAGGGCCAGUGUUCCCAGUGUGAGCCUGGCAUUCUGAGAAGUGACAUCCCAGAGGCUUGGGGAGAGGGGGAGAUGACAAGCAUAUAAAGUGAAUGAAGGGUUCUCCUCAGGUGUUACUUCACUCUCCAGAAUUUGGCUUGUCUUCACCUUUAAAGGAAUGCAUUGUGGGAACCAAUAGGUCACUAAUCUCCUGUUUAAAUUCUUAGUUGGGCCAGACAUGGUGGCUUACUCCUUAAUCUCAGUUCUCCAGAGGCUGAGGCUGGAAGAUUGCCACAAGUUCAAAGCCAGCCUGGCUACCGAGUGGGACCUGGUCUCAAAACAACAGAAAUCCCUGUUGACAGCUGCUUACAAGUACUCUUGAAGAGCGAGGCUCACGGCCUUGUUCAUGCAGUAGAGCCACCAGGGGUCAGAGUAAAGCUGCGCCUCGCAGACCUGCAGGCGUUAGAUUCAGGGCUCUAAGAGGGCCUGUGAGCCAACCACGGUGCUGCACGCCCAAAUCCCAGUAGGAGGGUUCCAGGUGAAAGGGCUACCCAACCUUGGUUAUAUAUUGAGACUGUCUCAAGAAAAGGAACCAAGACUCAACAUAAUUUGUGUUUGAUAGGCCAUUCUUGAAGCUUUAAUAUUCAUAUACAAAAUUUAUUUUGUAAUCCAAAGAUUUCCUUAUUAGGGCCUUACUACAUUCACUUCAGGAUUGUCUGAGCCGACAAAGUUUAGCCUAAGAGAAUAUCACUUUGCUCUCUGUAUAUGGUUCAGAAACUGUAGUCUUGGGGAUGGGGAACAGCUUUAAAGCUGGGCACGGUGGCACACACCAUUAAUCCCAGCACUUGGGAAGCAGCAGUUAGAGGACCUGGGGCCACAGAGUAAUUCCAGGUCAGCCUGGGCUGGAGCAAGACCCUGCCUCAUAGAGAAACAAGGGAAAGAGCUUUCAGAGUUGGUGAUGAGCUCUCCUUUACCAUCAGGAUUAUCUGGAUAACUUGUUAGGUGUGGGGAGUCAAGUCAGAAGAGCUGAGUCAGGUCCCAUAUAUCCAAUAUGAAGUGUCUCUAAAGGACUGUGUGUCCACUGGAAGCUCAGGUGACUUAGCAGCACCUCUCAGAAAGCCACAGCUCAACUUUCUAUUGUCUAGAGACAGUGAGGAUGGAGUUACUGUGUUUUUCUUUGUAAACUGAUGGUAGACUCUCCACUCGAUUGACUUUACAGUUCUGAGUGAACUUCUGGAAACUACUGCUACCAGAUAAACAGUACCUUAAGCCAUCUAGAAAGUGAAGGAUCAGAACUUGAGUCUGUGCAGGACAAAAAUCUCAGCGGCGCCACAGCAGUCUGAAGUGAGGAUAAAAGGACAGUGCAAUUCCAUUAGCACCAUGGCCGCCCCGCUAGAUAGCUCAUGCCCCUGGUGCUGCGCAUGAUGGCCUCGGGGUGGUCCUUAGCAUCAGCAAGGAGUUGACUACUGUGUCGCACAAGGUAGUUGGGGCAGUAAGAAGUAUGGCUAGGAGGAAAACUGUAAGACAGAAGAGAAACAAUUCCUAUUGUAUAGGAGAAAAGCAAGGGUGUUUCGAGUCAGGUACGGUCAUCUUUGUCCCUUGAGUAAACUGGUCUUUAGUAAGUACUGAGCAGUCCAUCGGUGGCACUAGAUGGUCCCUCGGGGGCAGUCUUAGGAAGUCCCAGUCUUGGUGAAAAUAGGGCACAGCUAAUGCAUGAGCGCUAAAUGGUGUUUGCCCGGCUUAAGGGCACUAAGAUUAUUCACUGCCGUGACCUUUGAAGAGAGGGAGAUUCACGGACAGCUGAAAGGCACUUGAAUCACCUGUGUCAAAGCACCUUUGAAGAGAGGCAGAUUCAGGGGCAGCUGAAAGGCACUUGAAUCACCUGUGUCAAAGCCAGGUUAGUAACUUCCAAGACUCCCAGAGCUAGUAUCUACAGUUAGCUGUUCAUAAUCAGCAGGGGACAUACGCCUUAACUUUGUAAUAUAUCAGCAAAAACAUUCUAUUGUGAUUGCGGGGAGGAUGGGAAAGUUUUUCACUCAUGUACUUGUAUAUGAAUGCAGUUUGUAUGAUACAAUACAAGAUUUUUAAACAA